AUAAUAAACCCAAUACAUGACGACUCAAAUAAGUUAUUAAAAGUUGGGAUAACUCAACUUGCAUCGAAAAAAUUAAACGAAAUCAUGAUAGCUGAUAACUCGCCAAAUUUGGCCUUGAAGAUCAAUGUUGAAAGUGGUGGUUGUCAUGGAUUCCAAUAUAUAUUGUCCUUGAGUGAUGUCAAUGGCGAUAAUAUGGAAUUAGUUGAUACCGAAAACUCAAUAUUUCUCAGAGAUGGAGCAAAAGUAAUAAUCGAUAAAUCCAGUUUGGAAAUUUUAAAAGAGUCCACUAUUGAUUAUGUCCAUGAGUUGAUUGGAAGUCAAUUCAAAGUCGUUGACAGUCCAUAUACAACUUCCAGCUGUGGUUGUGGAUCAAGUUUUGACGUUGACUUUGAAAAACUUAGC